AUGUCGUACCAGGUGCUGGAGGUGACGCUGAUCUCGGCUAAAGACCUCAAGCGGGUGACGUUCUUCACCAAGAUGCGCGUGUACGCCGUGGCGUCCAUCUCCGGCGGCGACCCCCGACUGCCGACGCACCGGACGUACGCCGACCGCGAGGGCGGGCGGAACCCGAUGUGGCAUGCCCCGCUGCGGUUCACCAUCCCGCCUGCCGCCGACCCGCGCGGCCUCGCGCUGCACGUGCUGCUCCGCGCCGAGCGCGCCUUCGGCGACCGCGACGUCGGUGAGGUGUUCGUGCCCGUCCAGGACCUCACCGUCGCGGCGCCCGGGGGCGACGGCGAGCAGCGGCACCUCAGCUACCAGGUGCGCCGCCCCAACAGCGGCCGCAAGCGCGGCGUGCUCCACAUCUCGUACAGGCUCGCCGACGCGCCGGCGCCGGACGCAGCCGCCCACCAGCUCGUGCAGCAAGAUCCGGUCACGUCCAAGCGGCACCGCAACCACCACCACCACCACAAGGGCGCGAGCGCGAUCACCGCUUACCCGGUGGCUCCCCGCAGCGGCCCGCCGUACCCGCCGUACGGGCCACCACCCUACGGCGGCGCGUACCCGCACCACCAUCAGGAGGUGGACGGGGCGUACGACGGCGGGUUCCUGGAUGGCAUUGGCAUGGGCUGCUAA